GACGACGAAUAAGUCAGAAUGACCAAUCCCGGCAGUGGCAAUAUAUUCCAAGGCGCAAACAAUCAUGAAAGUCCAAGAGGCAAUAAGGUAGUUUCGGCCAACGGUUGCGGGCAGGGCAGAGGCAGGAAGGACCCUUCUUUUGAAAAGGCAAUGGGCAAGCGAUGGCGAUGGCGAUGGCAAUGGCGAGACAGGGCAAGGCAGGUUAGGUCGGGUUCGGAAUGGAAGUGGCAGGUGGCAGGUGGCAGGUGCUAGGUGCUAGAUAGGUGGCAGGAAGAAAGAACCCGGCCAGCAGAAAAAGAAGGAGCGAACCCAGAACAGAAAAGGAAGAGACAAAAGAGGGGAAGGGGAUGGACGAAAUGGGGAUGGGAAUGUUAAAGUGGAUUUCUCGUCAAUUUGAUAAUUUCGCUGGACCUCAAGCUGAGGGUCAUCACUACUUCACUAAAGGGAAAGGUAGGCGUCGGCAUAUUUUUCUAGUUCUCUCUUUCAGACUCUCUCUACUGUAUGUACGGCGACAGUACCUACAGUGUGCCGCUGGGGGGUUCGCAGACACGAGGAGCAGGUACCACUUAAUGCUCCGUAGGGCCAGGAAAACCGGCAGUCGAAUAAUAAUGGGCUCUAGAAGAAUGAAAAAGAAAAAGACAAGAAGACACAGCAGGCGGGCAGCUACAGUAUCAUCGUGCCUCCCAAGGAUGAGGAUGGGAGGAGACCCUUGGAAAGAUACAAUGGACUUUGGGGGGGCCAAAUGAGGAAAGUGACGACAGAACAGGGAGUCAUGGGACUUGAGAUCGGCGCCCCUCGGUACGGCAAAAACUAUCCUGGGCCAAGUGCUUUAUCGCAUUAAAUUAUAUGGGAUUGUACUUAUGCAG